UCGGUGCGGCACCGCUGGUCCCGGGGGAGCUGGAGGGCGCACCUGGCGCCUGGGGCGCCCGGGGGCACUCGCGCUGGUGUCGGUCCACAUUGCCAGGCGCGCAGCUGCCAGCGCGCUCCCUCCCCGCCAGACCCAAGUGGAGUGAGUGGCUUGUCUAGCGCCCGGCGCGCACCAUUAUCCAAUUGCUUCCCGUUUUAUUCGCAGGCUGGGAGCGGAACGAGCCCGAGCGUUUGUUCCCUUGCAACCCUCAAGGGGAGGAGUGGGUGCGGACGUGGAGGGGAGAGAGAGAGACGCUCCCGGCUCCACCUCGGCCUCUGCAAAGGCGAGCAGCCCAGCAGCAGCAGCAGCAGCAGCAGCAGCUGCAGCAGUAGCAGCGGCAGGAGCAGCAGCGCGCCCCGCCGCCCGGAGCCCCGCGAUGGAGAUGGCAGAGGCGGAAUUGCACAAGGAAAGGCUGCAAGCCAUAGCCGAAAAAAGAAAGAGGCAGACUGAAAUAGAAGGCAAGCGACAAGAGCUCGAUGAGCAGAUACUUCUGCUGCAGCAUUCCAAGUCCAAAUUGCUUCGGGAAAAAUGGCUACUACAAGGCAUACCUUCUGGAACUGCUGAAGAGGAGGAAGCCAGAAGGCGGCAGUCUGAGGAGGAUGAGUUCAGAGUAAAACAACUUGAAGAUAACAUUCAGAGGCUGGAGCAGGAAAUACAAGCGCUAGAAAGUGAAGAGUCCCAGAUUUCUGCCAAAGAACAAAUCAUCUUAGAGAAACUAAAGGAGACAGAAAAAUCCUUCAAGGACUUUCAGAAGAGCUUCUCCAAAACGGAUGGAGCUAUAUACGCCAUGGAAAUUAAUGUGGAGAAAGACAAACAAACUGGAGAGACCAAGAUUCUCUCUGCAACCACCAUUGGCCCAGAGGGGGUCCAUCAGAGAGGAGUCAAAGUCUGUGAUGAUGGUACCAAAGUAGUGUAUGAGGUGCGUUCAGGAAGCACCAUAGUAGAAAACGGAGUGCACAAACUAAGCACAAAGGAUGUAGAAGAGCUUAUUCAGAAGGCUGGAAAAUCAAGUUUAAAAGCAGGGCACGUGUUAGAGAGGACUGUGAUUACAGAUGGACAUCUCGGCCACCCUAAGGAACACAUGCUCUGCAAAGAAGCCAAGUUAGAAAUGGUACAUAAGUCUAGGAAAGAUCAUUCUUCUGGGAACCCAGGGCAGCAGGUUCAAGCCCCCAGCACCAGAGGGCCAGAGGCAAACUUGGAUCAGCCAGUCACCAUGAUUUUCAUGGGUUACCAAAACAUUGAGGAUGAAGAGGAGACAAAAAAGGUGCUAGGCUAUGAUGAAACCAUCAAGGCUGAAUUGGUCCUCAUUGAUGAAGAUGAUGAAAAGUCAUUGAGGGAGAAGACAGUGACGGAUGUGUCCACGAUCGAUGGAAACGCAGCUGAGCUUGUGUCUGGACGGCCGGUCUCAGACACAACAGAGCCCUCAUCCCCAGAAGGCAAGGAAGAGAGCCUGGCCACAGAGCCUGCCCCAGGUACCCAAAAGAAAAAGCGCUGUCAAUGCUGUGUUGUCAUGUGACCACUCUAUCUUCCCUUUUCUUCUGGGCAGCCUCUGUGCACUCCACCACUUCUGUAGACCUCACUAUACCACUAACUGCAAUACUGUGAACUGGAAGCAAACACCUGCCUUGCCUUGCAGCUGGAUUGCUUUGAUUCCUUUUUCCCCCCUUUCAUUUUUCUCCAGUUUCCUCACCCAAGAGACAGCGUGCAUGUGUGUGCUUCAUUCUUUCCAAGAACUUGCUCUUCUUCUAACCUUUCCCUGUGUCUUCAAGAGUGAAUCAAUUCCUUACUGCUCACUUGGAAUGAACUCUUCAUAUCAGCCAAUUAUAUAGUAGCCUUAAUCCACCUGACUGGAACCGAACCCAUUGGUACCAGGGCUUUCAUUUUGUAGUGUGUUCUUAAAAUGUAGUCAUUCAUCACCACGUCGCUGAGUUCUCACUUGCCUCUCUUGCUGUGGAUUUUGCUUUUAUAUCUUGUGUGGCAAAAUGCUGUUGGCUCCAGUUUGGUUGCUAGUGUAGCCAAAAGUGGACCUUACUUAGUCUGUCUAAUCUAGGGUGAUGCUUUUUGCUGCCUUACAUAACCUUCCAGAUUACAGUAUUGUGCAUCUAUGGCUUAUCUUCUGUUAAAACUGAAAUGAACUUGAUGUAAAAGAAAAGAACCCAAUUCUUGUUGCAGCUGAAAUUAGGGACUGACCCCAUAACCUGCCAAUCAGCAACUCUCUCUUUCUAUGGCUUACCUAAUGGAUCCUUUAUAUAAGAAUCACCAUUUUACAUUUUCUAUGGACAUGAAACAAACAUUAUUUUAAGCAUCAGUAGUUGCCUCCAAAUGUAAGCAAAUCCAUGAACCCUUGCUUCAACCUCUCAAAAAUGUAAACUUUUAUAGUUUCUUGGUCAUGAAUAUUUUUGAUCAUGCUAAUCUAUUUCAACAAAGGGAUCAUUUUGAGGAAUAACUCUGCAGUGACCCCAUUUCUGUCUUUCUGACUAGUAGUGGUUGCUGCAAUCUCCCUUCAUUGUGGAUGGUGCUGUAUCUGAAGUAACUUCAUCUUGUCUGCCUGAUUUGAUUACAGAGCCUUAUAUCUGGAUUCUUUUCUUUCUGUUCCCCUGAAAAAUAAAAUUUCUCUCAUAAUAUCACUA